AUGCGAUCAGCACUCUGUCUCUGGUUCAUACUGCUUCUUAGAUUUAAUUAUUCCUUUUCUAUAAUACUUGUUAGAAAGCUUGGAAGCAAUUCUUCGAUAACUUACUUUAAUGACGAGCAGGCCAGAUUUGGACCUGGAAUUAAGGAGGACUCUCCUGUUAUGGUACGCCUAAUAAUUAACCUAAUUUAUUCGCAGGGUCGAAUAUUUGCAUCUGAGCCCAUUGAGGGUUGUGUGGACAACAUCAGCCUUCCUAUAAACCAUUCGCGAUACGCAUUACCCUUCAUAUGCUUAAUUAAGCGGGGUAACUGCACUUUCGAUUACAAGGCUCGGGCUGCACACCGCGGAGGGUAUGUGGCUGCAGUCAUUUACAAUCACCUUGGGGAUGAUAUUUUCCCCAUGGCAUCUCAGUCUAGUAUGUACGUCAAUUUGAACUGA